AUGCAGGUGUCCAUCGCCUGCACAGACCACAACCUGAAGAGGGGCAAUGGGGACCACAGCAAGCAGAGCGCCACCAGCCCCAACGUGGUGAACCAAGCCCGGGCCAAGUUCCGCACCGUGGCCAUCAUCGCUCGCAGCUUCGGCUCCUUCACUCCUCGGCACAUUUCACUCAAGGAGUCCACAGGGAAACACACGGGCAUGAAGUACAGGAACCUUGGAAAGUCAGGACUCAGAGUAUCUUGCUUAGGACUGGGUACAUGGGUGACAUUUGGGGGACAGAUAACAGAUGAGGUUGCAGAGCAGCUUAUGACUAUUGCCUACGAGGGUGGAGUCAACCUGUUCGACACAGCUGAGGUCUACGCAGGCGGCAGGGCCGAAGUCAUUCUGGGAAACAUCAUCAAGAAGAAAUGCUGGAGGCGAUCCAGUAUGGUCAUUACAACUAAACUCUACUGGGGAGGAAAAGCAGAGACAGAAAGAGGACUGUCCAGGAAACACAUUAUUGAAGGUCUUAAAGGCUCUCUACAGCGGAUGCAGUUGGAGUAUGUAGAUGUAGUUUUUGCCAACCGCCCUGACAGCAACACUCCCAUGGAGGAGAUUGUUCGGGCCAUGACGUACGUGAUCAACCAAGGAAUGGCGAUGUACUGGGGGACGUCUCGGUGGACGGCCAUGGAGAUCAUGGAGGCGUAUUCAGUGGCAAGACAGUUUAAUCUGAUCCCUCCAGUGUGUGAGCAGGCAGAGUAUCAUCUCUUCCAGAGGGAGAAAGUAGAAGUGCAACUGCCUGAACUUUACCACAAGAUAGGAGUUGGAGCGAUGACGUGGUCCCCGUUGGCGUGUGGCAUCAUCACGGGAAAAUAUGAAAAUGGCAUUCCUGAGUCUUCCAGGGCUUCCAUGAAGUCCUAUCAAUGGUUGAAGGAGAAAAUAGUAAGUGAGGACGGAAGGAAGCAACAAGCCAAGCUGAAAGAACUCAACCACAUUGCAGAGAAGAUGGGCUGCACUCUGCCUCAGCUGGCUGUCGCGUGGUGUCUAAGAAAUGAAGGAGUGAGCUCAGUUCUUCUGGGAACAUCGAACCCUGAGCAGCUCACGGAGAACCUCGGGGCCAUCCAGGUCCUUCCUAAGAUGACGUCUCAUGUGGUGUCUGAAAUCGACCACAUCUUGGGCAACAGACCGUACAGUAAGAAGGACUACCGCUCUUAGACCCGGCUGGUGGACUUACCGAGAGUUUGGAUGCAAGUCGACA